CUCAGGAUGACAGCCGACAUAGGGCGUACCUUUCCGACCCUCCGCUGGGCAACGAUGAUGACCAAUUAAUGCUGGAUGUCCCUUCGUCUUAGCACUUUCUUGCCCCUUGGUUCGACGUUUGGAGAUGACGAUCAUGUAUUCCCCCACCCCAACCCGCCGCCUUUAUGACUUUGACUUGAGCGUGCAUGUCAAAGUAACUACUUUGUUUCCGGCGAUCUCUAGAAUCUUGGCAAGGUACGCGGUCAUCAAUCAUGACCGGUCAUCGCGUACCAGGAUUUGCAUCAUGAGUGUUGAUUUUGUGAUUUGUGUCCCAACCUUACUGUUAUUCGUCCUCAUAAACCACGCAGAUGGAGUUCCGAGUGGGGAACGGUCUCCCUUUGUGCAACUAAACUCAUUACUAACCUGACGACGUACCAGCGUGAGUUAAUUCCUCAAGAAUUUUUUUUUAUUCUU